CCCUCUAAUUCUAAACCAUGGUGUUUAAGCUUAAGGUUCUAUAUCUGGCCCUCAUUGGUAUCGUUGUCUGGGGUGUCGCGGAUGAAUAUUUUAUAAAACUUAGACCGGUGCCUUGCACAUCUGUGCAGCUGUUGGGCAUUAAAAUGAGAAACGUAUCAAGACUUUCGAAUAUCACGCAUCUGUUGGAAGCAUCUUCUGUCCUUUCUUUGAGACGAGUUGUGGGCAGUAAGAAUCACAAAUUAGUACGUUCUUAUAUUGUACAGUCCCUGAGGGAUCUCAACUGGCACGUCGAGCUGGACUCGUUUACCGAGCAGACGCCCAAACUGGGUCCGAUCAGGUUUCAUAAUAUCAUAGCCAAACUUAAUCCGAAUGCGGACCGCUAUCUGAUGCUCGCCUGCCACUACGACAGCAAAUAUUUUAAAAACAUCAAGUUUGUGGGCACCUCGGACUCGGCUGUACCUUGCGCGAUGCUACUUAAUCUGGCCCUGGUACUGAAGGAGUUCUUGAAGGAUCUGCAAGAAGCCAGUAUUAGCCUGAUGUUCGUGUUCUUCGAUGGCGAGGAAGCAAUAGAGGAGUGGACCGCCACGGAUUCAUUGUAUGGGUCGCGCCACUUGGCUCGUGUGUGGGAGGAACAGGGUUUCUUGUAUCGUAUUGAUAUGUUGGUGCUGUUGGAUCUAAUUGGCACAUCAGAUGUGCACUUCAACCACUUAAUAGAGGAAACAACCAAUUGGUAUAAAUAUCUGAUGCAGAUCGAGAACGAUUUUAGUCGUUUGGGAAUACUUCCUCCACAUAAGGCCUAUUUCAGCAUAGAACGCGUCAGCGAUCCAGAAGACGACCAUAAACCCUUCCUCGAGCGUAAUGUUCCCGUCCUUCAUUUGAUCUCAACGCCAUAUCCAUCAGUUUGGCACACUCAACACGACGAUAUAUCAAGGACGAACUUCGAUGUCACUGAACACAUUGGCAAGAUUAUCCGAUUUUUCGUUUUGCAAUAUUUCAAGCUGUUGUAGGUUACUUUCAUUAAUUAAAUGUUUACUACUUGUAUGUAUUAACGAGCUACGAAGUUAUUUUCGUUUGUUUGGAAGCCUAUGCCCUACAAUAAAACCUAUAUUUCCAUCUUGCACGAAA